CCCGGCUUUAAAGCCUGGAAGUGUGUUAGCUGUCUGUUUAUCCUGGGUGACAUGGUUGUUGACCUGGUUUUACAUGACCUGGCUGGCGGCUGAGCCACUAAUGACAGAUGGCGUCGCUGAUAAGUCUAGUGAGCAGCAGGUUAGCAGCACGCUAGCGGGCCGUUGUCAGCCAGGACCCAGACAAGAAGCAGCAGCAUCAUCAAUGGUGUGUCUACAUCCCGGAGCCGUCACAUUUUCCUGUGUACGCUCAAUGAACCAUCUCCUCAGCUCUCAUCACAGCUGCACAUGUAUGGCGUUUGCGAGUCUCGGAGGGGAGUUUUGCCAAGCCCAGCACCUGCUGCUUAUUGUGGACAAGUGAACAGGAGACACCAGCUAGGCGCAAACACUGCCAUUGACGUGCACAGGUCCUUACUGCCAUCCUGUUCAACCAUAUGAAGACAAGCCAACCUUCAGCCUGUCACCUGUCCUGGGGAGUAGGAGAGGCUUUGGCUUCAUCCCAGGAGUUUCCUCACAGCUCUUCUCCUUUCCUGCAUUUCAUUUCUUCUUCUACUCCGAUUCGUACAAGUCUUCUCUGAAUGGGCUAGCAGAUUUGAAAGAAAGGAAGGACAGAUCUUUUUUUCUCUCUUAAUUUUUUUUCUUCUCUGGACUUUGGGUGUCGUCUCUCCAGUCUCCAGUUUUGAUUCCAAUCUGUUAGAGUUUAUUUUUUGUUUUUAACCAAGCCAAUUUUAGUUUUUCCUUUUAUUGCCAAGAAAAGUUUAGAUUUGUUCCCCUCUUAUUUCUAUCGCAGGAAAUUUGCCUUGUCUUAUUGUUUUUUAUCCAGACGACUUUUUGUCACAAAAGGAAUAGAAUAUUUACAAAAGUGGUUUUGCAUUUUUGGUUCGUAAGCAGUUUUUUAUUUAGUGAAAACAUUUUUUUCAAUCUGAACACUUUCACUUUGAUUCCUUCAAAGGCCCUAUCUGCUACUCCAUUAUUCGAAGGAUUUUUCUUUUUUUCUGUUAAUAAACCUUUGAGGGUCUAAAAAUGAAUCGACCGGCUCCAGUGGAGAUCUCUUAUGACUGCCUGAGAUUCCUCAUUACGCACAACCCCACUAAUGCACAACUGGGAAGGUUUAUAGAGGAUCUGAAGGCGUAUGGAGUAAACACUCUGGUGAGAGUGUGUGCUGCUACAUAUGACAAGACACCAGUGGAACAAGAAGGUAUACAAGUCCUGGAUUGGCCAUUUGACGAUGGUUCCGCCCCCCCAGAACAGGUGGUUGAUGAUUGGCUGAACCUGCUGCAGACAAAGUUUAGAGAGGAGCCUGGCAGCUGUGUGGCUGUGCACUGUGUUGCUGGAUUAGGACGAGCUCCUGUGUUGGUGGCCCUGGCUCUAAUUGAGAGUGGGAUGGAAUAUGAAGAUGCUGUGCACUUCAUAAGACUGAAGCGUCGGGGAGCGUUCAACUCCAAGCAGCUGCUGUACCUGGAAGGCUACAAGCCUAAACUGUGUCUGCGCUCCAAAGAUGCCAACGGACAGAGCUGCUCCAUACAGUAGGAAUCUACAACCUCCUUACAUCUUCACUGCAGCUUCAUAGGAGACUUUCAGCUUUUGAUGUUAAAUGGAAAGUUGAGUAAAUGUUUGGUAACCUUGAAGACCAUGACAUCUUUUCAAAGCACUUGGUGUAUUUCCAAAGAUUAAAAUUUCUGAAAAUCUUCUAGAAAACAUAUACAACUUCUGAUUUUACAUAAAAAAUUAGCCUAAAAAAGUGGAGGUGUUCAAAGUUUUUAUUUCUGCUCCUGGGUCUGACCUCACCUUAAUAUGUAGCAACCCCCCCCCCCCCCACUUAGCCCAUUAAAGGGAACCCCCACAGUCAGACAGAGUACAUUUUAACUGUCAGCAUCACUGUGAAAUCAUGCUUGUUUGGCUGUAAAAGUAAAAAAAUAAAAGAUAUUCCAAAGGAUACUUUCUCAAUCCACUGUUACAGUUGCAGCUACAGUAAAUGCUGUUGAUGUUAAAGAAAUACUUCACCUGAAUCACCCCCAAAAUGAUCAUUUGUAUAUCAAUUACUCACCCAGUUUUACCUUGAAUUUGUGAUGCAUGCAAACAGUCAUGCCUCCGUGAUGAACAAAGAAUCCAAAAACGGAGAAAAGUUUUGAUGAAUUGUAAAAUUGUAAAUAAAUGGGGGCUGUGUUUAACAACAGCAAAACUAUAUAAAAACAUCCGUUUACAAACUCUCACACAACUUGUGCAAUUUCGCUAGAACCGCACUAUUUAAAACACUUUCACAUAAACAGUUUUACGUUUGCUCAGGCGCGCUACUCGUCCGUGCGAGUACCGUUUAUGCGGAAGUGUUUUUAAUAGUAAGGUUUUAACGAAGAUACAUGUGUUUGGGAAGUAUUGAGCAUACGACUGAAUAAAUGACACUUGGAUUAUACUGCAUGUUUUGAUAUAGUUUUGUUGUUGUUAAACGUGGCCCCCGUUUACUUCAAUUCAUCAAGAAUUUUCUCUGUUUUUUUUAUUCUUCUUUCGCCAUGGGGGGCAGGUGAGAAAAGCAAAUUUUUCUUCAAGAAUUCAAGGUAACGCUGGUUGAGUUAUUGAUAUUCAAAUGAUCAUUAUUGGGGGAUGAAGUAUUCCUUUAACAGACUUCAGAUUUAAAUUUACUUUGAGAUCGGGAUCAGUCAUUAUUAAAAAUUCUGUGUCAGUAGUCAAGUAUGUUUGACGGUUGAUUCAUUCUUGUGAUGUUAAACUGGCCUGCAGCCUUGAUAUUUAUUCUAAGCUCCAUCACUACAAAUGCUGAAUAAAUAGUCGGCAGUAUGUGCUUUGGCUUGCUGGUUUGUUGCACAUCAAUCCACGCAGCAGUUCAGACUGAUUCCAAUAUUUCCUCACUGACCAAAUUGAUGUCCUGCAGCCAGAAUGUGGUGCAGAUGAUGAAGAAGUCAGACGAAUUAGAAAGCAUACAAUAUUUAAGAAAUUUGAUUACGAGUUUAAAAAGAUUUAUAAAUGUGGCGUAUGCUGUAUUAAACUACACUACAAUCUACCUACUUGUACAUCCCAUGUCUUAGGCACACAGUCUGCUUCUCUAGAACAAACUUGUGCUGGCUGUAAAUGUUUUGACACUUUCCCUCAUGUGUCGACAAGGCAAGAGGGCCAACAUGUUAAAGGGAUAGUUUGGGUGUUUUGAAGUGGUGUGUAUGAGGUACUUGUCCAUAGUCAAUGUAUUACUUGCAGUAGAUGACGGUCGGCACACCCCCAGUUUGGAGAAACAGACAGAAGUUACUGCAAGGAACAAAAGCAAUGCUUUACCUCGCCGUUAGACAGCCCUUUCCAACGGGGAACUGACGCUGUUUUAUCCAUCUAGGUUCUCGCCAAAGCCACCAGACUUCAUUGAAAAAACUUGUAAUUUUACCUCACAGAACACGGGUUGCUGGUCUAUUGUUGCCUCAAUCGGUUAGCUUGUUUGUGCUAUUGUGUGACUUUGGUGAAUUUGAACUAACUAAAGUUACGCAACUACACAAACAAACUAACUGAUCGAGGCAGCAGUGGUCCAGCCACUCCUGUGUUCUGUGAGGUAAAAUUACUGUUUUUUCAAUGGAGUCUGGUUGCUUUGGUGAGAGGAUAGAUAGCGGCUUCAGUUCCCCGUCGUAAACAUAGACUGUAUAGCUGCCUCAUGGCAAGCUAAACUGGCGACAAUAUUCUAAAUAUAGCAUACACUUAAACUGAUUUAGAUUUUUUAAGCGGAUAAAAAAUACGGUAUUGCUGCUGGCCCUGUCCACAGCAGUAUAUUGUUUUGCUCUCGUGUGGUUACUCCUGUCUGCUUCUCCAAACUGGGGGUGUGCUGACUGUUAUCUACUGUAAGUAAUACUCUGACUAUGGAUAAGUACCUCAUACAACCCCACUUCAGAACACCCCGAACUAUCCCUUUAAAAGGUCAGUUGGUGAAUGUAUUCAUAAAUGAACACUUUAAGGUUUUGGUAGAUUGUCCUAUUAGCUGUCAAUGUGUAAAGAUCAUCAAUGUGUCCUUGGUGCUUCAUUGCCCCCAGUGCUCUGUACCUCCACUUCACCAUAUACAAUGUAGUGCAACAUAGUGUAUGAUGGAGUGGCAGCAUACAGUAUGUUAUAUUAGUCCCGCUAACAAUUUUAGUAUAGAUUUUAUUGAGUGGUAUUUGCGUGACAACAGUCCAGAAUGCACUGUUGACUGAUAGUAGGCUCCACGCAGACACAUGAGCAUGUACUAUUUAAGACGGUUAAGCCGGCAUUUAACAAAGUAGGAGUGAGCUUUUAGUGAUACAAACAUGUAGGUCAUUUUGUUGCCCUGGGUUUUCAUCACUGAACAGUGAAAUUGUACUAAUGGGACAAUCUCCUGAAUACUUUCUGUAUUCCUAUUACAACCACCAUGGAGCAGGACUGUAGAGCCAACAUGGCUGCCACUGCAACCUUAGUGGCCAUAGCUCUAUCUCGUCUAUCUCCGGCUCUGUACCUACUUAAGCUGUCUGGUCAGCUGCUGUGUUUGUAAGAUGCUGUUGGGUCUUUGUGAUGUUAUUAUUUUUCUAUAGCUUUUUAUUUUCUUUCUCUGUACCCUCUACCUAUUUGUACGUGUUAUUUAUUUAUUGAUUCCACAGUGUUUCUUUGUGAAAUGUCUGUCUGCUAGAAACAAAUCUAGUAGUCUUGUUGGAAAAUUAAAGUGUUUAGUAAUGUAACAUUUUCUUGUUGCAGAAACUAAUUUGA